CCUGACACGCUUCCCUUGUCGUCUCGUCUCGUCUCGUCUCACAUUCUCAGCAGCAGCAGCAGCAGAGGAAGAGGAGGAGCUGCUCAUCGAUCGAUCGAUGUCCUUACUCCUCGCUCUCUCCCCAAUCGAGCUCAAUUUCUCGUGAAUGCGAACAAUACUCGACCUCCGCCUUCAACUGUAGUUUCCAAGUGAUGGCGCUCUCCCUUGCCUCCCACUUGGAUCAUCGUCAGUUGUCGAGUCGUAAAUUUGCGUGUGUGAGUGUUGCGCUGAGGUGUCGUGGCGUUCCCCAAUUUUCCUCUCUCAGAAGAACGCGGAAGUGCUCUGGGUUCGUGAGUGGGAAGCUGGAGGUGAAUCGGAAGGCGGGUGGUGGAUUUGAAUUUGGUGUCAAGGUUCCAAGGUUGGUGCGGAUUGUGGGCGGGAGAUUUGAAUUGGGUAGAUCUGUCGAGGAUGGUGAUGGGGAUGCCUCUUUUAGUCGAUUUGGGGAGAGUUCGGAUGGAGUGAAGAGGAGAUGGGACAGUUUCGAGGAGAAAUUGGCCGCAGCCUGGUCUGCGGCGUAUUUGUGGGUGGUUCCAGCCGCGAUCGUGGUGUCGUUGAUGAGCGAGCCCUUGGAUGCCGCUGCUGCUGCUGUUCUGGUGCCCCGGAAGUUGCAAGGCGACGAGCUGGCCACUGUGGAACUGUUUCAAGACAAUACUCCGUCCGUUGUGUAUAUCACCAAUCUUGCUUUCCGGAGGAGGGACGUCUUUACUCUUGAUGUCAUGCAAGUGCCGCAGGGCUCGGGAUCAGGGUUUGUCUGGGAUAAGAAGGGCCACAUUGUAACAAACUAUCACGUCAUUCGAGGGGCUUCGGACCUGCGGGUGACAAUGGGCGACCAGACUGUGUAUGAAGCCGAUAUAGUUGGAUAUGACGAGGACAAGGACGUGGCAGUGCUUCAUAUUGACGCACCUGAAGAGGAGUUGCGUCCGCUACCGGUGGGCACCUCGUAUGACCUACUAGUGGGUCAGAAAGUAUUUGCAAUCGGCAAUCCGUUUGGGCUUGAUCACACACUUACCACGGGAGUGAUAAGCGGUUUAAGGCGAGAAAUCAGUUCGGCAGCAACUGGACGUCCAAUUCAGGACGUUAUACAGACGGAUGCAGCAAUUAAUCCUGGUAACAGUGGAGGCCCCUUACUAGAUAGUGGUGGCAACCUAAUUGGGAUCAACACUGCCAUAUACUCACCAUCUGGCGCAUCAUCGGGUGUGGGAUUCUCAAUACCCGUUGACACGGUGAGUAGCAUUGUGGAGCAGAUUGUGAAAUAUGGGGGAGUAACCCGUCCCGUUCUAGGAAUCUCAUUUGCACCUGAUCAAUCAGUAGAACCAUUGGGCGUUAGUGGCGUGCUCGUGCUGGAUGCUCCACCGAAUGGACCAGCAGGCAAAGCAGGGCUACAUUCAACGAGGAGAGACUCCUACGGGCGCCUGGUGCUUGGAGAUGUUAUCACCUCGAUGAACGGGAAGAAGAUUUCUAAUGGCAGUGAUCUCUACAAGAUCCUGGACCGUUGCAAAGUGGGAGACACGGUGAACUUGGAGGUUCUCCGUGGGGAUCAGACAGUGGGUGUGGAUGUCAUACUGGAACCCAGAGAUUAGCUGCGGUUUAAUCUUGACGUCAUAUCGUACAUAUUGUCAAUAGUGUGCUGCAUUAUUCCGAGCCAUCCUGUAGAUUGAUACCUCAAACUGGAUUCAUGAUUUAAGUGUUGGUGAGAUUCUGUGAGAUAUUUUGUAUUUCAGUUUUGUAAAAUACGUAAAAUAAUUCAGCAUGUUUCAUACCUUCUGGGAUUAUUACUUCAGCAUCA